AUGCGGUUCUUCGCUUACAUAUUCCUGUUUAUUUUCACAACAGGUAAUGUGCUUUCCGCUGUUAACCAAGACUGUGGAGGUAAAAUCGACGCUCAUAGAGAGAGGAGCGGGAUUAUUCGAUAUUCGACACCGGCUGACUUUAACCUAGACGAUGUUUAUAACGGAUUUACUGGCGACAACCGUGAAAAACUGUCAGACUUUGUUUGUACAUGGACUAUCGACGGGACAUUAACCCAGACAAUACGCUUGGAGGUAGUAUCCUCAGACGAGAACUCGCAUCUAAGGGUAAAGUUUGAGGGCGACGAAUACUCUAAGACGCACAAGAAGGGUGAGCGCCGGCUGUACAUAGGUAGAGGGAAAACCACAGUUGAAUGGAGCGUGGGAAAAUAUACCAAGUCUCUACACACGCUGCAUCUCAGGUGGUACGCAUCAGAGGAUAGUCUUGCUCUAGGAAGUCACACUCCAUACACAAACUAUGGUGCUAACACUGCGUCUCCAUAUCGCUCAGAAAUUCCUAAGCCUCUCAAACUAUUCAGUGUCCUAGACAUUCCUACGAGGUUGGGUGGGGGGGUGUCUGGAAUUAGUGAUAAGGAAGGACCCCCCCUUCCGCAGGAAGAAACACACAAUGGGGCGGAAACGGCUGGAGUCCUGAACUCUAACCUUGCUCUCACCGGCACACACACAUACGCAUACGCUAACCAAGCCCUUUCUGGCACAUACACCAAAACCGUUACAGAAACAUUCAUCACCACAUCUACUAUUGUGACUUCUAACCCUGCUCCGCCUCACCCAGUUUCUCAAGGUCAGUUACCUCAUUCCAAUUUACGCUCAGCAGAGACACCCAUCACUGUUGUCACCUCCCUUAUAAACUCUGAUACAAACACACAGGCCAUUGGUAUAACAUACACAGAUCCUGAGUUAUACAUGGAGAUAAAAUCCAAGUCUGAGAGCUUUUCUGUGGGUUCUGUACUCCCUGCUUCUGACAUCCACACACACAGCCAACUCAUGGAACACACACAUCGGAAGCCUUUACAAACACUUCCUGCAGGCCAAGGCUCUAGCAGUGUCACCUACAGAGGUGAGGUCACUAUACCGACGACCCCUGAACAGACAGUAAACAGGGGUGUAUCCACGGGAAAAGCUGACACGAGCAAGAAUGUCCUGGCUAUUACGUCUGGCAACAAAGCCGCAGAGUCUGACAGAAGUAAUCGUUUGCCAAGAUCACCUUACCCUGAUCCAGAGAUCCAUAAUCCAUCACAUACUCUUGUUUACAAUCUUUCUGACACCUCUGGUCACAUGCAGGCUUCAGUCUCUCCCAGUACUGACUUUACUAAUCAAACUUGGGAAAGUUCAGCCAACUCAGACAACACUAAUCACUCAAGAGUCUCAGAUUCACCCAGAAUGAGUGAAGAGAAAAUCCCCAUUCCCUCCUCCUCUUCCCCACUCUCCCUCACAGACCCUACUGAUAUAUUAGACCUGGGGAGUUCAAGCAAGACAGAGCACACAUUUUUAAAUGGGCACACUCCUCCUGAGGUUUAUAAUACAAAUACCUACACCUCAGCUAACACAAACAUCACAACCUCUGCUCAUACCUCACAUACUCUACAGUCUCAUGUCACAGCCAAUGAGGAUGUUUCACACACCAACGUCGCUUCCCAGACCACACAAACCACACGACCCAUAUAUACCGAACAAACUCACUUACCGUCGAUGGACGAGGCUCUUAACCACUCUGAAUCGUCUGAUCCGGUCUACGCAAACACAAUCUAUUCUACCGUCUCACCAAAUACCCUCACCCCUCUUCUGGAAUCUACCCCCUCAGUCCUGCCCCAUACUGGAGGCUCUGUUAUCCCAGACUGGGGCAAAAAUUCCUCCCAGUAUGGCAGAGACAGUGUAGACAGCACAACAGAACCCAACUUGGAGAAAGAAGAGAGUAGUAAUGUAACUGCUUUACCACCUGUUUAUUUUACCUCUCCACAAACUGUCACCCUUUCCACACAGACCCCUGAUCAAUCACCAGAUGCUAUCACCGCGGCAACUGCGCUCACGCAGGUUAACGAUUGGACUGAAAGAGGCACUGACAAUUUGCCCUUAUUUUCUAACACUUCAGCAGAGACUAAUACACACAUUCAAAGGUCAAGAGAGACUUCAACAAACAAACAGAAUCCCGAAUUAAAUGCUGAGGCUAGCACUGCCUUCAUUAGCUCAACUCCCCCUAGUGGCACUGUGUCAGAACACACUCACAAUGACAUGAUGACCCCUGAACCCACCCUCUCUGGUGAGGGGAGCGUCUCUGUAACGCCAACUAUGCAUCUGGGUGAGACUUCCUCUGCUAAUAUUCUGACUGGGUUGUCUAAGACCACAGAUAAUCAUCCUGACCGCAGAACUGUGCCUGUCACCUCUUUUCCCUCGACUGCUACACCCUCUGGUCCAGUCGUCAUUCUGAGCUCCACAGUCACUCCGACCACGGGCGCAGUUAGUACCAGAAACCCCAUAAACGUGAGCCAGUCCCCACCGACAGUCACUUCACAGGCUGGACCGACCAGAACCCAACAGCACCACCCACGGCCCACAACUCACCCAGCAAAAAACACUGCGGGCAGUCACACACUUCCACCACAGAUCAGCACCGUUUCACGUCCACUUCAUCCCAAAACUCAAACACCGUCUCCACAGCCUAUAACACCAUCUUCUCAGAUGUAUCCCUCACCGUCUGUGUCUGCUGGAGACUCGUUCCCAAAGGGAGGAGUGUUUGUUGUGGAGGAUCAACCAGCGAUUAUCAAAGAGAAGACAUUUAAACUGCUGUUACAGGUCACUGUUGACCGAGCCUUCUCCCCUGGGGCAGGAUUACUUGAGUUGGAACCGUUUCUUCAAAGAGUAGCAGGUUACCAGGGACAACAAGUUACCUGGAAAAGAGGUCCAGUGCUACAGGCGCUGGUGGAAUUCCGGACGGAACAGGCGCUCUCCUGGUUGGGGAAGGCGGAUUCUCUGUUGCAGGAGGCGGGAUUAAUCCGUGCUUUAACAGAUGGGCUACAUGUAGACGGCACCCAAGUCAAAAACAUCACUGUGGGAGGUCUGCAGGCUGAUGUGUGUUCCUGGUUAUUUUCAUGCCCAUCUGGGUUUCAGUGUAUGCCUGCGGAAGGCAACGCCAGCUGCAGGUCCCUCUGUCUAUCAGACUACUGUAAAAACCAGGGCAUCUGUGUGCAUCGCAGAGGACAACAGCCUCUCUGCCAGUGUCCUGUCGGAGAAGAUUUCUGGUACAUGGGUCCGCGCUGUGAUUUCCGCAUGACCCGACAGAGGCUGGUGGGCGUGUGUUUUGGGGUGCUGUUUGCUGUGGCGGUGCUGAUGGCUUUAUUGUCGUACCUGGCCGUACGUCGCUUUAAGAGCAUGCUCAUUCAGGCCAAAGUGGACCAGACUCAAAGCAGUUACCGGAGGUUUAAUCACUUUGACGAGCUGUCGGGUAGGUUCUGGGGACGUUCGAGGCCUGGUUCUGAGGACUCUCUGGAUAAUCCCGGCUUCAGCCGCUCAGACGAGCUACUGCACCUCAGAGCACUGGACCGGACCUGCUGUUACCAUGAUGACACACUCUCAAUCGUUUCCACAUACCAGGGCAGCGUAACUCAACUCAACACCAUCUACCCUCACAGUUCACAGUAUGGCUGGGACCUCAGUAACUACAGUUUAACCGACGGUGUGGUGGAUUCUGGGAAAGCCAGUGACCUGUCUGUGUGCAGCUGGCCAAUUGAGCCCAUCCAGUGGACACCAUUUCCCUUAUUACAGCAGCUGAGGACACAUUCCACAGCGAAGGGUCAUCGGCCACGCUCUUACUGUGAGGGUAUGGAACUUGUGGACCUUGAGAAGAGCUGGACAGCUUAACAAUAAAGUUCACUGAACAAGGACGCCACGAUCCUUUUCAAAAAUCACAGAC